AUGCUAACGCUUCAAGCUAUUGGAAUUAUCCAGUAUCCAAAGACGACAAAGAGGUUGUGUACAUAUCCAGACAACCGACCUAUUCUCCUCGUAUCAGGCCAGGUAGAGAAGAACUUGAAGCGAAAUCCUUUUCUUGCUGGUAUCUUUCAAGUCUUUCAAUCACAGCUAAAGUUGGAUGUGUUGAGCAAGAAAGAAUACACGGAACGAAAACGUGACGAAGGGGGACAAAUGAAGUCUCAGCCAAUCGAAAUAUCUGGUGGUUACAUACUCAACCAAGCAACGCAAUUGAAUCAUCUUACUGCAAACGAGUUUCAACUCCAAAAUAAUAGUGAUCGCACUUGCUUGAGAAAGAAGCCUCGAAUUGGCAUUCUGAAUCGACGGAUAUCAGCAGGAAGGUCAAUCAUCAAUGCCGACCUCCUGGCCAGGACACCAGUCGUCCAGGACUUUUCCCACAACAACUCGGUGUCGGUCCAAUACUUCGAAGGCUUGGACUUUGUUGAGCAAGUGUCAUUCUUCCGAUCGAUUGACAUUCUGGUUGCUUCACAUGGCGCUCAGCUCACUGGUGUGGCCUUUAUGAAUGCACGCUGUUCUCACCUAGUCGAACUUUUUCCCAAGGGUUAUGCCAUUCCAGAUUUCUUUGGCUCCCUUGCGAUCAACAGCGGAAAAAAGUAUUCGUAUCUUUACAUGUCGGAAAACUCGUUCGGAACCGAGCAAUCUGUUUCAUUUGCGGAUCGGCGACAGGCGCGAUCCGUCAACCUUUGUCCUUCUCCCAGCAUGAUGGCGUCAAUACUUGGCGAAUUGUCAGACAGCUGGAGAACAUGUUGUGAAGAAAAAUAG